GAACUUUUGUUUUUCUAUUGUUUUGCGGGAAAGCAGAUUUCGCUGUGUAUACUGUGCAUCCGAUCGGUUCCGAGACCGUUGCCACCUGGGUGAAAAAAGGAAAAGAAAGGAGAAAAGUGGCGCAGCAGAGCAAAGUCUCCUUUGGCGUCACCAUUACACACCACCUCUCUCUCUCUUCGUAGAGGAGGAUAAAACAAGACGCUUGUUAGCACAAUAACACCGCCUUUCAGCUCUCUGACGAGCGCCCUAACAGAUUCAGAAACGCUCAUAAAGGCAACCGUUAAAAAAAAAAAGAGCCGGAUGGCGGAUUACUCCAGCGACCGACAGCGCCAGGCGCGCCAGGCGUACGGCGAUCCAGAGAAGUCGAUCGAGAUUCACGGGAUGUCGUUAGAAACAUUCAACCUUGACAUUCGGAAGAACGGGGCGAUGCGCAACCGUGCUCUCAUUCUCUCCACCCUGGCCGGUCUGUGUGCGGCGGCCGGCGUUGUGGCCGUCGCCAUUGGCGCACCGGACGCGCUACGCACCAUGUGGAAGGUGCGAAACAUGUCCAAAGUAGUUGUGUGGACUGUAGCGGGAGGGGUGUCGAUUGCCUACGUCGUUACGAGCUCCUUUUCCUUCGAGCGACAGAUCUACGACUUAGAGCUGAAGCGCGAAAUUUGGGAAAUCGAGAACCACCUCUCCGGCGAGCUGCAAGAGAUGAUCACCAUCUACCGCAGCCUCGGGCUCUCCGAAGAGGAGGCGCUGAUUGUCACCCGCAUCUUCGCCAAGCAGAAGAAGUUCUUUGCCUAUUUGAUGAUGGUGGAGGAGCUUGGCUACUCUCGCCUGGAGCCGCCGACCACGUCGGAGGCGCUGACGAACGCCGGUGUGCCUUCCGUGCUGGGUUUUGUGGUGGGCCUUGUCACCCCGCUCUUGCCGUUGAUGGGCGUGCUGACGAGCGUGGCGAACGUUGGCCCAACAGGGCUGACCACCCAUGCGAAACUGCUCAGUGCGGGGGUUUUCCUCGCGUGCAACGCACUGGUGAGUUACGCGCAGACGGAGAUCUUCUUUGGCGCGUACGCGCAUACGCCGGUGCUGAUGCGCACGACGAUCGCAAACGCGGUCGGCAUCAGCAGCGUGUAUGGACUGAGCUACAUGGCCACCCGAUACGUGUAA